AUGGUGAACUCGCUGCUGUUCGGAGAGAUGGCCUUGGCCUUCGGCUGCCCGCCGGGUGGUGGAGGCGGGGGCUGCCCGGGCGGUGGCGGUGGUGGUGGCGGCGGGGCCGGGCCGGGACCGUCUCCUGUGACGGCGGCGUUGAGGGACGAUCUGGGUUCCAACAUCCACCUCCUGAAGGGGCUCAACGUGCGCUUCCGCUGCUUCCUGGCCAAGGUGCACGAGCUGGAGCGGCGCAACCGGCUGCUGGAGAAGCAGCUGGAGCAGCAGCAGAGCGAGCGCGAGAGGCGUCUGCGCUACAAGACCUUCUCCCGAGAGCAGGCCGUGCAGACCGGGCCCGAGCUGCUGCGGCCACCCGGUCCCGGCGGAGGACUGGCCGGCAGCGCGGCGGCCGGCACCAACGCCAACACCAUCGCCCUGGGCGGCCUGCCACCCGGCGGGGGCUCGCAUCCGCAACACUACGGCCGACUGCCCGGGACCAUCUGGAGUUACACGCAGGUACGGCGCACGGGAGGCGGCGGCGUGGAGACCGUGCAGGGCCCCGGCGUGUCGUGGGUCCAUCCCGACGGCGUGGGCGUGCAGAUCGACACCAUCACGCCGGAGAUCCGCGCGCUCUACAACGUGCUGGCCAAGGUGAAACGCGAGCGGGACGAGUAUAAGCGGAGGUGGGAGGAGGAGCUGGCCAAACGCAUGAACCUUCAGACCAUGGUGGACACGCUGCAGGAGGCAGCGCAGGAAGCCGAGGCCAUUCAGGAGGAGAUGAACGAGAAGAUAGAAAGGCUCAAGGCUGAGCUGGUGGUGUUCAAGGGGCUCAUGAGUGAUCCCAUGACAGACCUGGACACAAAGAUCCAAGAAAAGGCCAUGAAGGUGGACAUGGACAUCUGCCGUCGAAUCGAUAUCACGGCCAAGCUGUGCGAUGUCGCACAGCAGAGGAACUCGGAAGACGUGUCCAAGAUCUUCCAGGUGGUCUCCAAGAAGAAAGAGCGUAAGGUGACUUCGGAUGAUGACAUCUCUGAACAGGACGGGGAAGCGAAUCGGUUCUCGGAUGAAGAGGUCGGCUCCAUGAAUAUCACAGACGAGAUGAAACGCAUGUUUAACCAGCUGAGGGAGACCUUUGAUUUUGAUGACGACUGUGACAGCCUGACGUGGGAAGAGAACGAAGAUACGUUACUGCUCUGGGAGGAUUUCACUAACUGCAACCCGACCAUCGACCUACAGGGCGAGCAAGAGGAAAACUUGGGCAACUUGAUCCAUGAAACUGAAUCCUUCUUCAAGACGAGAGACAAGGAGUACCAGGAAACCAUAGGCCAGAUUGAGCUGGAGCUGGCCACAGCCAAGAGUGACAUGAACCGGCACCUGCAUGAGUACAUGGAGAUGUGCAGCAUGAAGCGAGGCCUGGAUGUACAGAUGGAGACCUGUCGUCGGCUCAUCAAAGGCUCCGCGGACAGGAAUUCACCGUCCCCAAGCUCCGUCGCCAGCAGUGACUCGGGAAGUACAGAUGAGAUCCAGGACGACUUGGAGCGGGAGGCAGAUGUGGAGCCCAUGGUCAGCUGAUGACGGAGGCCCCGGUGCACCUAGUGGUCUUGGUGAUGGGGCUCACCUCCUCUCUCCUGAGAGCCAGGAGGGCUCUCUUCCUCACUACACAGACUUCGUCUGCCCUCCCUUCUCUGGAGGCCCCACGGGACCGCUGCUUCCUUCCUACACCACCCACCACCAACCAGUGCCCCUUCUGUACCCACCCACCCACCCACGGAAUGGUGCUGUCAAUUUCUAUGUUCUCCACAUCACAAACGCAGACUUCUGUGCGACGAUACAGUGUCACUGUGCCUUCUCCCUUCAGCUGAGCCACUUUGAGCUCCAAAGAAUUAUUCCUAGCAGGUGUUUUUAUGCAAAACUCAAGGUGAGGGCGGGGCCGGGGCUUGGCGUCACUUGGUUUCCUCCCUCCCACCUGCUCCUGUGAUUGGCUAUGAGCUUUGCCCUCCCUUCCAGCCCUGAAAGGCCUUGGAGUGAUUUG